UUUCAAGAAACUAUUACAGGCGGCAAGUCUUGUUCUAUAAGUAAUUUUCAAGGUCAACAUUGAUUGAAUUUCACAAUAUGGAUCUGAUUCUGUUGGUGGCCCUUGUGGGACUAAUAAUAUUUGUCUACAAGUGGAUAACUUUGAGGCACAAUGAGUUUGCAGAGCGCGGUCUUCCCUUUGAGAAGCCCCUCCCGAUUUUUGGAAAUAACGUAUCAGUCAUAAUGAACAAGGCCUCGUUCCAGAAGCAAAUCUCCGAGUUCUAUGCGCGGACCCGUCAACACAAAUUGGUGGGCUAUUUCAACUUUCGCGCUCCGAUGAUACAAUUGAACGAUCCCGAAAUUAUUAAGAAAAUAACCGUUAAGGACUUUGAGUACUUUCCCAACCACCAGUUGUUUGUUACAACCAACGAGCGUCUGAUCAAUGACAUGCUGAGCGUAAUGAAGGAUCAGCGCUGGAAGCACAUGCGGAAUACGUUAACACCCGUCUUCACCGCAGCCAAGAUGCGCAGUAUGUUCGGUCUGAUGAAUGAAAGUUUCGCCGAGGUCAUGGAGCACCUCGACAAGUUGGCGAAGACAGAUGUGAAGCCGGGCCAAGGAUUUGAACUCGAGCUGAAGGAGGUGUGCAAUCGGUUAUCAAAUGAUUUGAUUGCAACCACUGCCUUUGGACUUAAAGUUAGCUCCUACAAGUCGCCGAAUAACGAGUUCUUCCAGAUUGGUCAGUCAGUGGCCUUCUUCCGCGGAAAGGCACUCUACAAGUUUAUGCUAUCCUCUACAUUGCCUUGGCUUUUCAAGACGCUGGGAUUUCAGAUCUUCGACGCGCAAAAGACCGACUUUUUCAUACGCCUCGUUGUCGACGCCAUGAAGUAUCGCGAGGAGAACAAUAUUGUGCGGCCAGACAUGAUUCAGCUGCUCAUGGAGGCCAAGAAGGAGUCCACAGAGAAUUGGACCGACGAGGAGCUUGUUGCCCAGUGCUUUAUCUUCUUCUUUGCAGCAUUCGAGAAUAAUGCCAGCCUAAUUUGCACUACGGCCUACGAGCUGUUGCUGAAUCCUGAAGUACAGGAACGCCUCUACGAGGAAGCCAAGGAGACCCAAGAGUCGCUAAAGGGCGAGCAGCUGACCUACGACACCGUAACCAAAAUGAAAUAUAUGGACAUGGUUGUCUCCGAAUCGCUGAGAAAGUGGACACUCGCCGCAUCCACGGAUCGAGUGUGCGCCAAGGACUAUACAUUGUACAACGACGAUGGCACCAAGUUAUUUGAGUUUAAAGAGGGUGACCGCAUAAAUAUACCAAUUGGGGGUCUACACUGGGACGAUCGUUACUUCCCCGAGCCACAAAAGUUCAACCCAGAGCGUUUCAGCGAUGAGAACAAAAACAAACUGGUACCCUACUCCUAUUUGCCCUUCGGCGUAGGACCACGUAGCUGUAUAGGAAAUCGUUAUGCUCUGAUGCAGGCCAAGGCUAUGUUGUACAAUCUAGUGCUGAAAUACAGAAUCGAGCGAUCUCCGAAGACAGUCAAAGAUCUGAUGAGCGAGUCGCGUGGCUUCCAGCUGACUCCACAGAAUGGCUAUUGGGUGCAUCUGGUGCCCCGCAAAUAAAUAAGAUGUGCAAACAAUUGUGUUUUGUAUUUACGUUAAAAUACACAUAUGUUUAUAUUUUA